GUCCGACUCGGUCCUGCCUCUGCUCACAUUCGCCCAGAAGAAGGGAAACGCAACGUUUUAUGAAUGGAGAACAGGAAACGCCCCCGCCGUCGUCGAGAGGCCCGUUGUAGACGAAGCACCUGCUGAUACCGUCACAGAGGACACGAUUGAUUGGGGCGACUUUGGUGCCGGAGCAGACAGUCAGGGUGUCACCUCAGCCAUCACCGUGGAGGACGGGAUAGACUGGGGCAUCAGUCUGGAGCCCAGCUCGGAGGAAGCUGGAGCCGGCGGCAUCGACUGGGGCGACAGCGAGGAGACUCCUAUUGAGAUUGAAAUCGUAGAUGCGGGAACAGACUGUCCUGACGGAGUAGCGAGGGGUGAGGACGCUCUGAGUAUUCUGGAGAACUCUCAGUCACGCAGCCAGUUCAUCGAUGAGCUGAUGGAGCUGGAGCUCUUCCUGACGCAGCGUAUGAGUGAGAUGAGAGAAGAGGCGGACGUGGUUGCUAUGAGUCAGUUCCAGCAGGCUCCGUCCGUCAUCCAGGGUCAGACCCGAGAACACGUCCAGAAGAUGCUGUCGGUGGUCCAGGACCUCCUGAGCCGGCUCACCUCUCUACGGAUGCAGCACCUGUUCAUGAUCCAGGCCUCGCCACGGUAUGUGGAGCGAGUGUCGGAGGUGCUGAGGCAGAAGCUGAAGCAGGCCGACAUCCUGGUGCUGAAGGGAACCACGAUGGUUGAGAGACGGCAGGAAGCCCUGGAGGAGCAGUCCAGACUGGAGCCUCGCGUGGACCUGCUGGGGGGACGGACCCGGGAACUCCAGAAACAGAUUGAAGCAGACAUCUCAAAGCGAUACCACGGCAGGCCUGUCAACCUCAUGGGAGUCAAUAUUUAAAGAUAUAAGAGCUCCAGAAAAAGUAUUUUGUUAUGAUCUACAAGGAGAAAUAAAAGUGGUAUUUAAUUUAAAGUCUUGUGCGUUCUGUCGAGAUCAAUAUUUUUUGGAUUAAUGCUGGGUAAGAAAUCAUUUUUAAACAUUUCAAACAGGCCUGAUUUGACUGAUUAAUGAAUUAUUUGUUAAUUAAACCUGAUUUAAUGAUUUAAUGUUUAAUAUUUUAAGCUACAGUAACUUGUAACACUUAUAAGAUCCUGAUAGUGUAUAUAAUUGUAUAUAAUUUACAGUUACCUGACAAAAUUCAAAUCUACAGUAUGUGACUCAUGCAUUUGUUGUGUAUGAGUGCGUGUAUAACAUUAU